UGAAUCGACAACGUGCAAUGUCACAUUAUCGUCCUUAUCACAAUGUCACAUUUCCCCUGUGUUUAAUAGGCCGAACCAAUCGAUGCCUGCCACGUAUUGUAUGUCAACGUUAAGUUCGGUUUCAGAGACCAGUUCUUUACCUCAAUCAAUUGUGCAGUAUCGUCCAAGAGUAUACAUCCCCGCGAUGGAUCAUCAGCAAAACUUCUUCGUUUUGCCUCAAAACGGCGACUCUGGAGAACAUGGCCGAUCCUCAAAGAAAUCAAUAAAAUCGUCUCAUGGAAAUAGUUCAGCGUGCUGUUUGAAAAAGACCUCUGGGUGUUCGUGCAGUUUUCGAAAUCGUUACGACGAAAUAUUAAAUGAGCACGAUGCAUUUGAAUCUAAGAAGACAUACUCUCGUCCUACAAAGAAUACUUCCACAGCUGUGUCCUCUUGUUUGACUAUGGGACCAAAGAAAUCAGACGCUUCGAUGGAGGCAAUUAUAAAUAAACAAAGAAAGCUUAUUGUGCAGUUAGUAAAAAUCAUUGUCAAAGACAGACUUCAAAGUAGUUCAUCACGCGAUGGUGAUGUUACUGCCACGCAUGAACCUCAACAAAAUAAGAAAGCGCGUAACAGAGGUCGAAUGGCAAAAGAACUUGAACAUACACAACUCCUGGAGCAAGUCAAGAGUUUGAGAGUUUUGCAAGCCAAUGGAGAUCGGAAAUCCACAACGCCAAACAACAUGGACAAUGUAACUGUACAUAAAUCACUAGAAAGGAGAACAGCAACACAAAAUCACGCACCUUCUUCAGAUAUCAGAAACACUGAAGCCGAGUUGAAUUCUUCAGAUUAUCACAUCAAUGAUAGCAAUUCUGCAGAUUCACUUGGGCUAGUCACAAAGUCGAAAGGUAUUGACAAAAAGACUUCCAUCUCGGAUAUUGAAUUAUCAGAAUUACACAAUCGUACAAUGGAGUUAUGUGCAGAAAAUGGAGAAAGCGUCUUGAGCAGAUUGAGGUCGGAGUUCAGCAAGCAGUUGUCUUCUCUUAAGCAAGAACUUUGUGAAAAUGAAACAACCAAUUUCCCUACGUCGGAUACACACGUUGUGGUGAGUGACAAUAAAGAUAUUUCAAUGAAUAAACAAAUUGUCAAUUCUAUUCAAAACGUCACACAAGAUGCAAACGAUGCCAUGCAACAAAAUGAAUGCCAAGAAUCUCUAUCUCCGAUUUCUUCUGAUGUUGCAAAAGAUGAUAAUAUCGUUGUCGUCCACGACGUCGAUUAUGAUAAUAAUACAUUGUCACACCCCCAACCCUCGAAGGUCUUAGACAAACUACAAGAUGACUUAGUUACUGUAAAGUUUGGAUCUGAAUCAAACAAAGAAUCUGAGAAUGUUGGGAAUGGAAAGCGACGAAGAAAGCCAUCAGCUAAUGGUAGCGCGGAAACUGUAGUCAAGAAAUCGGAGAAAGAAGAGUAUUAUUUCCGUCGAUCGCCACGAAAACGUUGCAAAAAAGUCGUAGAAAAGUAUGUUCGACGUUCUGCAUCAAAGCAGGCUCGAAAGAAAAUUAUAAAUCAGCUUAAAACGACUGAUUCGGAAUUUAGUCCGUCAUCGAAUUCUGAAUGUUCCAGUGAAGAUGAAGCAUCCCACAAGAAGUCUCAGAAAAAAUUAUUGCCACCUAAACUUUGCCAAACAUUUGAAAACAGGGUUCAAGAUUGUGAGGAAUACUACGCCCUAAACGAUAAUCAAUGCGAAAGUAUUUCGCAGGACAUUGCAGACACCCAAGAAGCUAGCAGAAGUGAGGACAACAAAAUAUCAAGUACGCCUGACAUACAGAACGAAUGUAUUGACCAGAAUGAGCGUACAACGAGUGGUGCGUUUGUGGAUCUUACAGCUUCUGAUUCUAAUGAUGCAUUCACUUGGGUCAUUCCUCGUUCAAUAUCUUCCAUGUCCCUCCCUCGUUUCGACCACGAUGUAUCUUGUGAAAAAGUUGAUUCUUUAGCGACUGUCGGGUCUUCAUGUGAGGUUACCAAAGCCUCGGAUCUCAAUAAACAAUUUUGCUGUGAAAACGCUGCGGUAAUAGUAUCGGAUGGAGGUGAAGCACUAGACCUCACCUCGCCCCGACUAAAUCCAGGAAAGCUAAACUAUUGCGAAUCCCACCAAAAUUUUUCAACAGUCGUAAACGAUGUAGAAUCUAUGCCUCUGGAUUUAUCAAUUCGGCGUUUUUCAACAAACUUAAAACAUUAUGCCAAGGAGCAAAUUGUUGCUACUUCUCAACGUAUCUCCGCACCAGCUUCAAAAACCGACAAUUUGAAAAAUGUGAGUAACGCGGAUCAAGUAUUCAAAGAAAUUCCGCGACCACACUUGUUACCAGAAAACAAACCCAUAUCAUUCAACAACGCCAGACAUGUCGGGUCAUAUCACAAUCAAAAUUUUUCAUCUCCUUUGCAAGACUCAGGAAAUAUAUUAAAUAAAGAGAAACUUGUUGAACCGGCUUCGCUUUCUGAAAACUGUGCAGUGGAACAAAAAGCAGAAGAAAUAGUUCGAAAUGAGUUGGAAUAUCAACAUUUGAAUUUUAACGACGAUGAAGGAAGACAAUCUGGUUGUGUACAAUCUGACGACUUGACUAUUGAACAUCACAACUGGAAGUCAGCAGGGGAUCACGAUUUUCAAGAAUUCGACUUCACGGAGAAUUCACCGCCAGCAAUCAGUCUCAAGUAUUGGUUAUCAAGGCGAAAGAAAUUUCCCAGUUCCAUGUUUUCUUUUGCAAAAGGACAUGGUGUCGGAUUUCUAAGACGUUCGCGUAAACGAGAAAUGAUCACCGAGUCAAACGUUGGAUCCACCAUUGAUUCUCUUCGAAAAGUUUCUAAAGCGAAAACAAUAUGGAAGAAAUUAGCGAAAGGAGGAAAACUGCGCGAAUAUGUCGCCCCCAGUACCAAUACCAGAGCUUCGAGAAAUAAAAUCCACAAGCGAAGAGCAAUGUUAACAAUUUCAUCUUCUAUUGAAAACGAUAGUUCCCGGCAAGACGAAAGUUCUGAAGAAAUUAUCGACAACAAAGUAAAGAAACUACGUAAACGAAGAGAUUUCAAACGUUCGUUCCUGGCAAAGCAAGUUUCGAGGGCGCGUCGUUCAUUUAUUUCUGGUGAUAAGGACACAUCAUCUCGUCAUGUUGACGACUUUCCAUUUGUGGCAAGUACAAGUCAAACAGAAGAAUCGAGUGAAAUAGAUUGUGUUUCAGAAAGUUCUCCAUCCAUCUUAUUAAAAUGUGACGAAAAUGACAUUUUGACGUCUUUACACAUGAAUCUGAUGUCAAAAUACAUGAAUUCACCUCUAAAAGGCAAACCUAUGAACGCAAUUUCAAACGAGGACGGCCAUAUUUCGCGGACUAACAACUCAUCCGUAAGGCAUAUGGGCGAGGGAUUGCAAUGUGAACACUUCGACACUGCAAUUGAUGGAAGUACCAAAAAUGUUAACUUACAAAAUGGUUCUGGUGAUUUUCAUGGCGCAUUUUCUCCCAAUCCUUUGAUUGAUAAUACAGAAAAUCAAGCGAGAAAUCAAACCACCAAGAGCUGCAAAAAUUAUAAUAGUGACAGUAAAUUGCAUUCGAACCAUAAAGUGAACGAAGGAUCAAAUUGUGAUGAAACCGAUGGUAAUAAAAGUGUUGAUAUUGGGAAUCUACAAGGUGACCUUAAUGAAGUAGAUCGCCUUUUAUUUGAAACGUCCACAGGGAAAACGUCAAAGAAUGACCUUCUCGAGUCGACCAUAUUAACACCUCCUCGGAGAAGAUCUAAAAAGAAUCAAAUUUCUAAUAAAUUUGACAUAAAGGAUGAAUAUAUUUCAGAUGACAACUCAAGCCCGUAUCCGGUAUCAGAAAUUACGAAUAAUGCGGACGAGGUAAACUUUCACGACAAACCCCAUCCUCUUGUUUUAAGAGAAGAAGGUUGCAAGACUCAUAAUAUCGCUAACCUGAUUAAAAAUCUCUCCACCGAUUGCGUUGUACCCAUAUCGCCUAUGAAAUAUCAUAAAUCAGGAAAAAGAUGGGUGAAGAACAAUCAAAUUUUGGAACCGAAAAAAGUGAAAUCGCCUUUACGAAAAACAUUUUUCAAAUGCAAAACGGAAAACGAUGAAAGUUAUCAAGUCAGGGAUAGCGAAGAUGCUGAAGCACCAAUAACAAAGACCAAAACACCGACUAAAAGUAACACAAUCAAGCAAAUCAAUUUUGAUAAUAUUGAUUCCGAAUCGGAGCAAAAACCUGAAGCAAAUAUUGCCGAAUGGACGAUGCUACCCAGGAAAGCUUGCAGCAAAGCCAAGCAAAAGAUCAGUCAGCUGUCAAAACUGGCGAAAAGACAGAAAAGUUUCACGAAAUCAUCAUCCCAACAAUCUAAUGAAAAGAAUAUUAGAGAAGAUGAUGACGUCACUGAUGAAGAAGAUCUUCCAACUGUACCAUGGCUGAAAUGAAAUCUCGUUUGGAAGCACUAGUGGUAAAUAAAUAUGAAUAUGGGUAAUUUGAAACAACAGAUUCGUUCUGCAGUUACUUUUCAAAAAACCAUUUAUACAAAACACAAUGUAAUUUUUGAAUUGUGUUUCUUCAUUUCCGAUAUUCAAUCGUCAUAGUAUUGUAAUAUUGAGAACUAAGACUAGAAACUUUUUGCCACUGACAGUUUUUAAAUAAAUUUUGCACGUACUAUAGUAUGUAUUCAUUGUUAUUGAACAUCAAUAGAUUUCCCGUUUUCUGGUACUUGUAAUGUUUUUAUACGUUUUGUGCACGUUGCUCCGUAUUCAUCAUAUAUAUUGCUUUAUUAAUCUAAUAAAAUAUACAGGACCAUACUAUGUUACUCUCAUCUCCGUCCAAUACCAUAUAUACUGUACUUCAAUUCUCACAUAACCACUUAUACCUCGAAUAUAUGUCUCGUUGUUUUUCUUUUUAUUUGGCCGUUCUUCGACUAUAUCAUCAGCACCAAAAAUGUAGU